AAAAAACAAGUCCCGGUAGCUGCUGCAUACGCAUGAUAGAGAGCUAUAGCUUGUUAUAUAUAUGGAAAAUUCUUUCACUAUUGGUUCUUAAACUACGGUGGCAGCAUAAUGAAAAAGGAUAAGUUUGUUGACAUCGAGCAUAUCAGAGCGUAUUUCAAUAGAGGUUCCAAGGCAACUGUUUAUUUCAUGUUUUGACUUUGUUAGGAACGUAUACUCUAAAAAACAAUCAGUUUUCUCGGAAUCCUAUAGAAGGUUUCCGGGUUUGUCACUAUAUGAAACCCUUCAUAGGUUUCUGAGAAGGAUUUCCAACCUCUCAGAAACCUAUCGGAAACCAUUAAAAACGACUGAAAAAGCUCAAGGUUUUGGAAAUUCCAGUAGAGAUUUCUGGAAUUUCGACAACCAUUUAUAGUCAGUUUAAAAAGUAAUCGGACACUUGACGUCACUCCCAUCCUUCCAGACAAGUCAUAUUGGUCAAUGCAAUAUAAACUGCAUGGAUUUUUUCAAAAUAUCCUGGGAGUGUAGCUGAGAGAUUGUGUUAAAAUUUUUCGCUCAAUGCAAUCACAUUUGAGGAAGGUAUUCACCAAGCAAAGAUCAAAACUAACUAAUUUGGUUAUCCAAAAUUCUCUGUAGACGUUACUUCUGUAUAAUUCAGUUCUUGUUGUUUGAAAGAGAUUGUCAAGAUGGGCGUGAGUGUGGGUGUGAAGGUGGGUAUGUGUCUCUUGUGUACAGCUAUUCUCACAUCCACAUUCACACCCACAUUUGAGUCUAAGAACUGAGAUGAUAAAAGAAAAAUCGAAACUCGAGCAAAAAGUUGAAUUCCUGAUGAUGGAACGUUCCCAACUGAUUCUCACCGUUCGAACUCACAUUUUGUUUGUGGCUAGAGGUGAUCAUGUAUAUAAAUUAUCUAAAAGGGUUCGUGCCAUGGUUGCUUCGUUACAGAUUUACGAGCGGAACAAGUCUCAUAGUAGAUGGCGGCACAUUCUCUGUCUUAUUCCUUUUUGUUUUAUUUUUUUCGUAUCUGAACCAAAACAUUUUUUUCAGUUGAACAUGUGAUGAUCGACUUAUUCCAUUUAUCACUAUUCGCUCUAAAGUUCUUAGUUGAAUAUGAUGAUGCGUUUAGAGGAGUUCUUCUGGCGACUGUUCUGUUACAAGCAUAUAACAUACUACGCAUUCUUGAAGAAAAAAUAGAACACAUUUUUCUUUACAUUCUACAGAAUAGAACUCUUUUAUUAUAUCGAGUACAAUUUUUGAAUUUUGUUGCUUGGCUAUGACCUUUUUCGAUCACUGAAGAAGCCAACUACUAAUAGAAAAAAAUCUAGAAAAAAAGACGAUAACCUGCACAACAUAUCAAAAGUAUUAUCAAAUUUCAUUUUAUUUUCAAUUUGGUUACAAUGCGCCAUCGACAAUUACUCUUGAUGAACAAUAUGUUGCUCGAAAUUUAUUCAACUGUUUAAAUUCCAUUCUCGAAAGUACUUCGUAUCUUUUUGAAAAUGAAACUACACUUGAUCAUGACGAUGUAUUAGAUGGUCCCAAUUCCCAAGAUCCUGCUUCAACAGUGCCAGCAUUUAAACGUCUUGAUGUGUCACCUAAUAUUGAUUAUCAACUAAUUGACGAACAUAAUUUCGAAAAUCAUUUUUCGUUGGACUACAUAAAACGUGCUGUGAAUUAUUUUGAUGAAAAAGAUCCACUCACAGGACAACGUAAAAGAAAUUGGUGUAUUGUAAAACACAUGUUUCGACGCAUUCCAAAUCCUCAAUAUGUUACUCGUUUUCGAAAAUAUAUUGAAAUCGGUGGUACAAAAAAAAAGAAUACCACAGAGAAUGCGGCACCAUCUACUACGAUAUUAGUUGCGCUCGUAACUCUGUAA